AUGAGGAGGGGUAAGCAGCUUAGCUUUGCUGCUCAGAGCUACGUCAUUAGGCCAAUUUCUCAUGCUGAAAUUGAUGCUGCCCUUAAGGGAAUUGAUAACACUAAAGCUCCUGGUAUUGAUGGAUUUAACUCCUUUUUCUUUAAGAGAGCUUGGCAUAUUGUGAAAGCUGAUAUUUAUGCUUGUGUUAUUGAUUUCUUCACUAAAGGGACCUUGCCUAAUCAAUGGAAUUGCACAACUAUCACUCUUGUUCCUAAAAUCCCUAAUGCUUCUCAUGUUAAGGAUUUUAGACCUAUAACUUGUUGUACUGUGGUUUAUAAGCUCAUUUCUAAAGUCAUAACUGCUAGGCUUGCUGCUAUCAUUGGUGAGGUGAUUGAUGAUGCUCAGGAGCUUGGUUUCCCUCGGAGAUUUGUUAGCUGGAUCUGGACUUGUCUUACUUCUAUCUCUUAUUCUAUUCUUAUUAAUGGUUUUCCUGCUCCUCCCUUUGAAGCUAAGAAAGGAUUAAGACAAGGUGACCCUAUGUCUCCCUUUCGUUUUGCUAUUGGUAUGGAAUACCUCUCCAGAUGCCUUGAUGAGCUUAGGUUAACUCCUGAUUUUAACUUUCAUCCUAGAUGUGAAAAGUUAAACCUAACUCACAUGAUGUUUGCUGAUGAUCUAUUGAUGUUUUCUAGAGCUGAUAGUGUUUCUGUUAAGCUCCUCUUCCAAGCCUUCUUGAAAUUCUCGGGUGCCUCUGGGCUUUCUGCUAAUCUUGAUAAAAGUGAAGUCUAUUUUGGAGGAGUUUCUGUUGAUGUUCAUAAAGAGCUGAGGGAGAUUCUUAGUUUUUCUCAAGGUACUAUCCCUUUUAGGUAUCUUGGGGUCCCUCUCUCUUCUAAGAAGCUUAUUAUUGUUCAAUGUAGGCCUUUGGUGGAGAAGACAUAUUGGGCCCAAAUUUUUAUCUUGCCGAAGAAAAUUCUGAAAGAGAUCGAGGCUAGGUUCAGAUGUUUUCUUUGGACUAGAUCCUCUGCCCCUGCUAAGAAAUCUUUGGUUGCUUGGAAUAAUGUCUGUCUACCUAAUGUUUGUGGUGGCUGGAACUUGCUUUCUCUUCCUGAGUGGAAUAAAGCAGCUGUCACCAAGUUACUCUGGGAUAUUGCUCACAAGGCUGAUAAUCUUUAG